AUGGUCGUAAGCUGCUACUUUCUCACGGUAGUCACCGGGAGCACGUCGCUAGACGGCCCCGAGGGUCUCUGGCAGGCGUUUGGUCGAAAAAGUCGUGCCCGCAUGCAGAGCCGCGAGUCGGAGCUGCUGCCCAAUCCUCCGCUCGCGAUUAGCUUCGACAUGCUCAUCGCGGUGUUGUGUGUCUUCGCCUCGAAUAGCUUCCUCGCCGCGUGCAGCCGGGUCUUGGCGAAGGAGCAACGUCGCGUCGAGGACGAGGCGGAGGCGGAGUGGCUGGCGGCCAUCUCGAACCCGGAGACGCGCCAUGAGCAGCUCGCGAAAGAUGCACAGGCGCUCGCUGAAAAGGUGAAGUUCUGGCAAGAGAACGACGAGCGCCGCAAGGCUGGCCAGACUGCGCGCCGCGAGCGCAUCAAGAAGCUCGACGUCAUGGCCGAUGAAGUGAUGACGAACAUCAUCGUCAUCGUCUCCGUCGCUGUGAGCGUCGGGGCUGCCUACGCUAUCCUCCUGCAGCCGCCGAACCAAGUCCGCGGUCUCGGCAUGGCCGGGAUGCUAGUGGUGCUCAUUGGCGGCCUGAUCGUGUGCGGGCUUGACCGCUACAUCAGCAGCAUGCGCCACUACUGCAACUACGUGAAUUUAUUCUGCAUCCUCUCGCUGCUGGUGCUGGCCGCCCGCGCGAGCGUGUUGGCAGAGUGA